AUGUUCUCUUGCUGUCUUCAGACUACUCGAGGCCCAGGCCUUAAGAAAGAUAACAGGGAAGGCCAUGAUGGUGUCUGGAGGCAGAGGAUUCACUCUUGCCUUCAAUGCCUGUGGACAUUUUCAAAAAAAAGAACAAAUUUGACCAAGGCCAGCCAAGGACAGGGCAACACAGACCAAAUAUACACUCUUUUCUCUGACCAGAGGGAGCCUAGGAGACAGUCCUGCACCCAGGCAGAGACUGUGGUUGAGCAGAUGAACACCCUGGUGCCUUCUCUGAAGGAAAGGGACCCCUUGUUUGUCCUUCCUUUUCUGUCUACGUACAGAAGUUUUGCCACCCUCCUACAGGUAUUGGACCUGCUGUUUGUGAGGUACUCUUACUUCAACCCUUAUUCUAAAGAGGACGAACAAGUAAAGAACACCCUCUGUAGCUUCCUGGAAACAUGGAUGGACACGAAUCCUGAGGACUUUUGUGACCCAGCAGACCUGUUGCCUCUGAAAUACCUGAAGGCCUACUUGAGUGUGUGCAUGCCACACUCUGAUCUUAGUGUCCAGGUCAAAAGGCUCCUGACCCAGUUGCAGGAAGAACAUGCCAAGAAUUCACAAACCAAGGAUGAGGAAGCCUCAGAUCUGGGGAGACACACUGCCUCAGAUCAACACAUUGAGUGGGUGUAA